CCAGUUACAGAGACUAUCCAUCGAAUGUCCCAGUCAGCCAAAGAAGAAUGUGAAAGCAUUUGCAUCAUCAGAUAGUCUAGCCAAGGUCCAAGAAGUAGCAAGCUGGCUUUUGGAAAUGAAUCAGGAACUGCUGUCUGUGGGCAGCAAGAGGCGACGAACUGGAGCAUCUCUUAGAGGUAAUGCUUCCUCAAGCCAAGUAGAUGAGGAGCAGAUGAAUCGAGUUGUGGAGGAGGAGCAGCAGCAGCAGCAGUUACAACAACAAGAGGAGGAGCACAUUGCAAGGAAUGGGGAAAUAGGUGGAGCAGAGUCUGGACUUGGUGACAGAAUUGAAUCCCAGCAAGAACAGUUAGAAGAAAACAACAAUAGGCUUAUUGCAGUGGAUGAAGAAUCCACUGGUAACCAAGAGGAGGAGGAGGAAGAGGAAGAACAUGGUGCUGAACAAGAGGAGGAGGUGGAAGAAGAGGAGGAAAUGGACCAGGAGAGUGAUGAUUUUGAUCAGUCUGAUGACAGCAGCAGAGAAGAUGAACACACUAAUAGUAAUAGUGUCACAAAUUCAAAUAGUAUCAUGGAUUUGCCCAUACACCAGUCAUCUCAAUUCUACAUAAAGACAAAGCGCAGUGUGAUGAGGAACGACAUAACCAUCUAUACUCAACCAUUUUGAACUCUGUGCUGAACAUACAGUAUCCCUCCACCCAAAAAGCAUUUAAACUUGCUGGAUCAGUAAGUUCAGAAUUCGUAAUACAACUAUGUAAACAACAAUACUCAACAUACAUGCAUGCACACAGAGCAAGAGAUAGUGGUUAAUGGUCUUUACUUUUGCUGCUUUUUCAUAAUGAAUAAAAUCUUUAUUAUUUUUUAAACAAGACACAUUUGCUGUAAAUAAGAUUCUGGUGUUUGGAAAGCAUGCAUAGUUAGCAUUUUUUCUGUAUUGUCUGAUAGCCACUUUGCGUUUUGAUUCCAUUACUAAGACUAGAACAGCACAACAAGAAAAAUUAAUUUUGGCUAACCUGUUUUUAAAUCAUCUAAGUUUAAAAAUACAAACAUCUUCUGUGUAAAGAAACACUGCAGAAGUCCUGCAAAAAGUUAAAUGUUGUAUCACAUUCAGUUGAUGACAGAACAUGAACAAUUACUAUCUGAAGCAGGGUUGUAGAAGGCUAAAAAAAUUGACAUGCUUAUAUGGAAUAGCAUUUUUGAGACAAGUACAGUAUUUGUGGACUCUUAUUAACUCUAGUAAGUGUGAUUUCUAGCUCUGACUAUUGUAAAUUGAAAUCAAGUGGUAUAUCGUGUGAAAAGAAUACCAUUCAAGUCAGAUGACUUUUUUUCAUCCAAAUAGUCUCAAAAAGUUAAAAUGAUAUAUUUUUACAUCUUCACAUAGGCUUUUCUGGGCUCAUUAGUUUCUGAUGAUGUAGUCUGAUUACUUACUGCUUCUGGUCAGAUUACCUAGCCCCUUAAAUGUAAAUUAUUUGUACAUUAAUUUAACUUGUUUUGUACUACCACCUUCAGGAGAAACAAUGUGUGCAAUCUGCAGCAUACUGUCUAAGAAUCAACCGUAAGUUUCUUUCUGGUUUUAGGUGAAACUUAAAAAGUAUAUUAUUUUUGGUUUCAGUUUUGCAGUAAUGGUAUCUUUAUUUUUUUUAAAUCUCUACUGGAGUGGUAAACUUUCUCUUUGUGCCAUUGGUAGUGCAGCAGAGAAUUUAUGUUACCUUCCUUGUCCAGAAGCUCAGAUAAAAGUAUGUCUGGUCGUUCUAUACUAACUACCACUAUUUGCUGGCCCCAAGGAGCACUUUUUAAAAUAUUUUUUUAAAGUCUAAAGACUGUUAUAGAACUCUUUCCUUCCUAGAUAAAAUCAGAAAACAUGUAAAGUAACACUUAUAUUUCAUGAUAAUAGUUAUGGCAUCUGUUUGAUAACUAAACAACUACUAUUGCCAAACAAAUGCUCAUCUAAUUAUUAUUAUGAAUGCAGUUUAUUACAGCUAAUCUCAGGAGUGUGCAUCCACCAAUCUAGAACAACUACUAGGUUGGUCCUGUCUUCUGUAGCAGGGUAGGCAACAUGUGCAACGUUUUUCUUUCUGCAGAGAUAACAAGUAGCUACCAAUAUACUAAUACCAGUAUUGUUCAGCUUAUGUUAACUGUCAGACCUCAUUUUUAAAUCCUUUUUAUUUCUGUUCCCUUUCUUUUAACUUAAACUGCUGAGUGAAGUCUCUAACCUGAUUUUUUUUUUUCUUGUCUUGUGGGAUCCUGUGACAUUAAGGAAAGCUCCCUCAAGAUUCCCAAGUAAAGACAUAAUGUAUCCUAGUUAUGCUUGCCAACUAAUGUCUAGUUAUGCUUGCUCCUAACAUUACUCUUCCAUAUAAGCAAUUGCUGUAGUUUUACAGGGAUGUUUUGAAAUUGCAAUGAGUAAAGGAGGUGGUCUAUAUGAUUGUGAAUGGGAGGGAAAUUGGUUCUUCAUACACUUACUUAAUGUGAUCUAUGUUGUGAAAAACAAUGGACUGUUCAGACAGCUGAGACCAGUCAGCCUAAUUCUACCAAAUAUGGUCACAAAUCUCCAUGAUGGAAAACGAAAAAUAAACUCCCCUAUGCCAAAGGUAGGAAUGUUGGAGGAGAUGUGUGUCUCUACAAAAGGCCCCCAAGGCAGGUCCAGUGAUUAAGAUGUGUAGUUUCUCUGUCUGUCCCCACUCCUGAGAAAACACCAUCACAGGAUGACUGUGAUAGUACCGUGACCCCGUUUUAAGACUCCUGUUUGAGUUCAAUAGUGCAGUGAAUUAAGGUCCUGGCACAAGGUUUGGUUCUUGGGCCACAGGAAAUUGUUCCCAGGUUGUUGAGUGGGAGGCAGGUGAAUGGCAGCCUCUCUACAUUAAGGAGAAUGCUCUUUCUUUGAAGGCAGAUAGCAGCUUGAAUUUUGGUGUCAUUUUAUUCUUUUCACACCAGUGCCCUCUUUUCCAAAUGGAACUUCAGUAGCCAUUUCUCACAUGCCCACACAAGUGGAGAUUUUGCCCAGCGCUGCUCCUUUGCAGGGAUAGAGUUCCAAAUAGCAUUGUUGGCUGUUCUUCCCCAUCCUGUGGGAUGCAAAAAGACUCAAAUUUUGAAAUCCAGGUAAAUAAGCCUUCAGAGAGCUGGGGAAUUUUUAGACUGCAAGCGGUUGUUUUUUCUCUCACUGCCUUUUACGAAAUGGAAACCUAUCCCAUCUAUUCUAUAGACUCAAGUGACAGGAAGCUAUCAUCUACUACUGGAUAUUAAAGAAAUGAUUAAGCUCUUGUCAAGACCUUCUUUUCACAUAAUAGCAGUUUCAUGGUUUGGCUUGCCGGAAGUUUUCCUAUUAGUUGUUCAUAGGCUUGGCAGACCAUCAGAUGCUUAUUUCAACAUUCCUAGUCUUCCUUCUCACCAAAAUAUGCCUGAGGUUCCACAGUAUUGAGGUUUUCACAUGAGGGUGGCUAAUGGGGAUCCUAGGUGCAGCACUUUAACAGAAGGGUGUAUGUCUGCACCUGUACUUGGAUAACAGGCUAAUGUGAACUUCCUAAAAAUCAGAAGCCAGGUCUGCAACUGAAAAGAUUCAAGAAUAUGGAGACAUGGGUGAGUCAGCAACCAUGAAGAACACUUUGACCUCCUUUCAGAAAUUAAUAUAGCUGAGGGUUUGCUUUAUUAUUGAAGUGGUCAAGAUGUUUCUAUCAAAUACAACAAUGACAAAGUUGAGGGAGUGGAUUACUAUAUAGACUUAUUGAGUCCUACUGUGGGAGUAUAUCCAGAUUCUGGGUUCUAAGGUAGCUUGUCAGGACAUAAAUCAGUAGGUGUGUUCUUUCUAAUGAGUUAUUGAUGUCCGAGACUACUCUACCUUGGUUACUCCUUGUCCCUCCAGAAUUAAGGAGAAAACCUUUUCAAGAUGGAAACUCUCCAGGAAGAUACCAGAAAACUUUUAUAGUUUUUGUGUGUGAGUGUGUGUUUUGUGAAUCUAAAGGAUAUGCUCAGAUAACUGUGUACAGUAUUGAUAUAACCCAGCAAAUCCCAAAUACAUGCAUUUUGGCUUCUCUAUCCCAUGUGUGGAGUUAAAAGUGCAUUCUGAUCUUCCAUUAUUUGAGCAGUUUUCUGGUCCAUGUUCUCUUGAAGAAUUACCUCAGUCAGAUGUAUGUAGUUCUUCAGCAGGAUGACUCUACUACCAAAUGUUGAUUUUUCUGUGGUGGGAUCAUCCUUAGAUUAAACUGGGUUUUUUGUUUGUUUUAUGCCAACCUACAUAUAUUGCCCCAGACACCAGGAGCAGAGUAUUUGGCAAAUGAGUGAGUGUGCACUCUCUCCUCUUCCUUUGUUCUUAGAAGACCAGACAGAAAUUCAUUGUCCAGAUUGGCACCAGAGUUUUCUAUUCUUCUGGAGGUUUCGUUCAGUGAAGCAUUGAGAUCCCUACAGUUAUGGACUCCUGCACUUGAAAUGGCCAGACUUAAUCUGAGUAGAGGUUGAUAGGAUAGAUUUUUAAAUAAUCUCAGGGCAGAUUCUCAGCUGGCGUAAAUUGUAGCUCUAGUGACUUGAAUGGAGCUGUGAUAAUUUGUAUCAGUUGAGGAUCACCUCCCAGCCCCUGGACUUUAAAUAUCUGCCUUAGGAACUUUGAACAAGGCUUGCAAAGAUUUCAUUCAGCCCUAAAGAGACUCAAGCCUGUGGAGACCUAGGUUCUAUUUGCAGGUCAGACAAAAUUAUCCCAUAGUGGAGAGAAUAUUAGUUUCAAGCUGAUACAGAAAGCUUGUAAAUGAAAUUAAACAUCUGCUAUGCUGAUGUGAAAUUCUGACUGAGUUAUUUUCAGUACUUCUGCAGGAUUUUUGUGGAUGGAUAGAAUUAUUUUUAAAAAGAGAAAAAAAAAUUAAUCAUCUGUUGUAGUGAAAAGUACUGUGGGUGUGGUGUGUAUGUGGGAUCUGUUGUGUGACACUCCAAAUAUAGGUAGAAAAUCAAAAGGGAAAACUAAAAUCUUUGUGGAGAGAUGGGGAAUCAAGGAUUAAUUACAGAAAUAAUAAUCCUUGAGAAAUAGGUUCUUUGUUUAUGCACAAGAAGUAGACAUAAUCAAGGAAACCAACUCUUUAAAUGUUUGCAGUAUGUGUAUAUUAUUUUAACAUCACUUUCUAUUUUUUAUGCUGUUGAACACCAGAGGGCACAAUCAGAUGCUUUACGACUGUGCUUUCUGCUGGAAGCUGUUUAAUGUGUCUUGAUAAAUGGGUUUUCCUCUGCAUUCCUGUUAACAAUUAAAAGUACCAUUUUUAACCCAAAAAUAAAUGUUUAUCAUACACAACACUGCUUUUGGUUUUAAUCUGUGCAGAAGGGUGUUUUCCAGCAUAAAGAAAUCUAUUCCUGCAUCUUUUUUUUUUUUUUUAAGUGUGCGCUUAAAGCAUUUUCCAGCUGGCUUGUGUAGUAGGACUUUAAUGUGUUUGUGUUUUUUUUUCCCUGGAGUACAAAAAGUACAAAGUGAAAUGAAUACUUAGUAUAAAAAUAAAUUAAAAUGAACAACUCACUUUUUACUUUUUUUGCUAGGGACAAACCCACAGGAAAUAGAGAUCAGUUGAUUCUUCAUGCCUUUGGUCUCUGAGACUUCCAGCAGUUGUGGCAAUGAUGUAACCAGACUCCUAACUAAGUAAAUCAAAUAAAGCUUUGUCAAAAAGGAAAGGUGUUAAAUUGCUCAAAUCUGGCUAUGAAAGUCAUUGGUGAUAUGGUCUGUUCUUCUAAAUACCUCUUCUGAAUCCCCCUUCUGAUUAGUGCACUUCUUUUCUCUCCUCACCCUCUUCUAAUGCAAACAGAUAUUAAACUUUUAUUUUGAUUUUCAGUGUAAGGUGUCUUAAUUUUUUGGCUGAUGUAGAAUAUAGUGGCAAAUGGUAAGUACCUUGGGGCAGCAAACAGAUCUUCCUCUGUAUACAGAAUUGAGCACACUAAUAAUAUUCAAUAAAAACUGAUUUGUUUACACAUGAAAGUUGUUAUUCGGUGAUUUUUACAACUGCAAGUCAGAAUUACUUUUAAGUAAUUAUAACUGUUACAUUAUAUUUGGAUAAUUCUCAGAUAAUAUUAGAAGAAAAACUAAGUUUUAAAGCAGGUAUAUAAUUAAAGCCUUGUGUUGUUUAGAAUAGUCCUGACUGUUAAGUGUAGAACUUUGGUUUUUAUUUUGUAUUGGAGUGUAAUUUAGUGCAUACUUGAAGGUUAAUACCAGUCAAAAUAUUAUAAUGUUUAUUACUUUCCUCAUUCAUACAGUAUAUAGAUUAGUUGUUAAAAUUCCAAAUAAUUCUGGUUUAGCUGUGCAGCUGUUAUUAAAUUACUGUUAUGCUUCUAUCAUAUCACAGAUACCAAACUGGUUCCACUGUGCUAACAUCCUUACAUCACAUGGAUGUAAAUCGAAUGGUAUUAAGACAUUCAAUUUUCCCUGUGGGUCUCCUCCAUUUGUCUUUUUGUCUGGUGUAGAAAAAUGAGGUGCCUGCACUGAUGGCUGUGUGAAGGUUCUGGGCUAGCCUACCUAAGAGGUCCCAAGUUCAUCCUCACCCUCAUGCAAAAGCAUCCAUUUGGGGCAACCUAAACUUUCAAAUUGGGAGCAAACCUAUAAUUUGGUAAGACCUGGCUGAGCCAAGUGCAUCAUAUGGAGUUCACAGUAAGUCAGUGAUGAGGGCUUUGUCCCUUUUUUUAACACUAAAGCAACAUUAUUACCUACCAUCCUCAGCCGAGUGACAGUACUUACAAUUACGACACUUUCUAACAUAUCAAUUUGAUCCAAAUGCCCUAGGCCUGCCAGAGGCCCCAGAACUACUUGGAACCUUAGAAAUGGUUCAUGAACUCGCCAGGUCCAUGUCCACUAUGCAUACUUGGUUAAGGAAGAGGAACUGGCCUGGAGUUCAUUGUGAAACUGUGGGAAGGGGAUUUAUCCCAGCUGUUUAAAAAAAAUCCCAGUGGCAGAGCAUAGUAUGUAACAUUAAAAAUGUCUGUGGCUCUGUUGAUACUCUUGAUACAAAAACAAAAAUUAUUAAAAUUGGUUUGGGUUCCAUAGUGGUUGCACAAGAUAAAAGCCUUAUCCUCUGAUGUUUGUUGGUGCUGUAACAGAGAAAAAGAAACCCUGAGGCAUAUGCUGUGGGACUUUCCAACCAUCAGGCAGCUGUGGAACAAGAUGGACACAAACGUUAAGAUAUUGCUCAGCUUCAACAGCCAAACCUCAGCCGAAAAUUAUAUCCUAGUUUACUGACCUGUUAAACUGGGUUUAACGCCGCCAAAAAUACUUUGGUACUUGAGGGCUUCAGUGAUCAUUAAGUGCACGAUUUUACAAAAAUGGAGUAGGCUUAUGGCCAGAAUAGAGUGGUGGUAUUCAGACCUGUCAGAGUUAGAAGCUAAAGAAAUAACAGCUUACCCUCGCAGAGGGCAAUUCUAUGAAUUUGAAGAAAUUUGGAUCCCAUUUCUAGAUACGUUUUGAUAAAAAGGUUGAGAUGGCUCAAAGAAUGUCAGACCUCUAUUCCGCAUAACCCUCCUGUCCCUUCAACCCCUUCCUUCCUUCCUCUCCCUAUUCAUGUAUGUCUUCUCCCGUUUUAUUGCUGUUACCUCCAUCCUAACAUGUUAUGUCCUUGUAGUGUUGUCUGGGUUUGUAUCGCAGGUCUUGCAACUUUGACAAGUUGUAAAAUUUCAUAAUGCUGUAAUUCUACCUGUGAAGCAUGCAUUAUUUGGAAACAAUUAACCUUUUUGUUCUUUCUAUUGUCUGUAUCUUUAGGAAAAUCAGUAAACUAAACACAAAAAUGUAGCUUUUUAAACACUAACAUAUUUAUGAAAGGAUUACUGAUUCUCAGUUUGUCUGUGCAUUUUGGUGGUAUUUUUAGAUUCUCCCCACACGCACAUUAAAGAAAUAACUCCAAAAUUAUGAUUAUGUACCCUUUCUGUGGCUAGGGAUGAGAUAGCCUAUAAACACAGCUUUCUAAGAAGAAUUGGUCGCAGGGAGCAAGUUUCACAUGUUGACGACUCUGGCUAAGAAGCGACCCCAUUUCCUGCCUGCUACUGUCUGAG